GUCGAACCUGAAGUCAGUUCAGACUCGUGAGUCGUGAUCAUUAGAGGAGCUGUUGUCACCGACAGACAGACGACAAGAUGCAGAUGUCCCACAGAUCUGUGCAGUGGCUCGUGGUCACGCUGCUCGUCGUCUUUACAGCAGCUCAGUGUGACCAGAGCGAGAGCCGCCGAGCUGUGAGCGAACACCAGCUGUUGCACGACCGUGGCCGAAACAUCCAGAGUCUGAAGAGGCUCAUCUGGCUGUCGAGCGCCAUCGAGGGGCUCCACACCGCCCAGACCCGCUCCUCCGCCCUCGGCCCAGCAAAGGUCCUGAACCUGGACCUGAACCCGGCGUUGGUCCCUGAUGCUCCGGGCCCCCAACCCGCCCGGGUGCAGAGCCUCCUGAGAGACUUCUUUAACAACCCCUACCUGACUCAGCUGUCCGACACAGAGGCCUAACGCCGCUCUGUGCACAGACACAUGAGAAAUAUGUAUUGUCUCCAUCAUUUGAACAAUGAAACACAUAAAGCACAACAAUUAGUCUUUAGUGCCAAGACACACAUUUGGCUGCAGAUGUGUCCACAUGUUGCAAGAACUUAAAGUUUUAGUUGAGAGAGUGUUUGAGUUAAAGCUGAAUGAAAGUCGUCUGUUGAUGGGCAGUCACACAAAUGUCUCAAUGUUCAGUCUCGUCAUAUUUACAUCAAGGACUUGGCGCCACAACCAAAAAAUAAGACGUCCUUAAGGAGACGUCCUCAGAAGCAAACACGACAGGAACAACAUUUAAAGUCUACACGUUUAAGAAUGUGUGAACUUACCCAGACUUAUAUCCGUUUGCUUUAUCUCUUAAUUAUUCUCAACCAAAGACAAAGUCAAACAUGUUUUUCCUGUUUGCAGAUCAACCUCCUGCAGCAGCAAACUUUGUUCAUCUUUGACCUGCAAAAAUUCAACAAACGCACUGCUGCUGUUUGUCGUCACACUUUCAGAUGAUAACUGAAACUGAAAUACUUGUUACAGCUGUUUCCUUUGUUUCCAGAAACUAUAAAUAGAUAAAGUAUAAAGAGCCCUGAACCACUAGUGUUGUCUCCUCUUCUUAGAAUUGAACACAUACUGUACACGGUGCCAUCUGAACCUCCAGACUGAAUGAAACUGAUGCUUGAUUCUCUGUGAGGAGACAUGUGGCUGCACGACAAAGAUUUGAGUGGCUGUCAUUUUAUCUCGUGAACAUUUCUAUUAAACUCUGUGGCUGCA